UUCAUGCGGCUGUCAGGACAAACUCUGUACAGAUCAGUUAUCAGUUCUGUACAGCAUUCAUUCUUUUAGUUCAUUUUGUUUUUAAUGCUUCAUGUUCCAGUAGAUUUCUGGACUUUGUCAUGACUGCUCGAGGAACCCCGAGUCGUUUUUUACAGAGUGUUCUUCGGAACGGUGUAGGUCGGUAUGUGUGCCAGUUGAAGCGGGUUUCUCUGGUCUUCUCCAAGAACGCUCAGAGUUCACUGGGAAUCAGGGAUUUUAUUGAGGAUGGUGUGGUUGACUUUGCCCAGAAAAACCCAGGCAUUGUUGUCUAUGUCUCUCCCCAGUCAUGCAGAAUUCCAAAGAUAGUCGCUGAAUAUUUAAAUGGCAAUGUGAAGGAAGAGCUCGUCACCAAUAAAACCUCACAGCAGAUUGCAGAGCUGAUUACCAAGAUGGCCGACCAGUCUGGCCUGGACAUCAUCCGCAUUCGAAAGCCCUUUCACACAGACAACCCGAGCAUCCAAGGCCAGUGGACUCCCUUCACCAAUCAACUGCCCAGCACAGAGCCAAUUGGUCCACAGACCAAAUAAGGACUUGUUACCAUUUUUUUUUAUUUAUGUUGUACUGGAUAGAUUUAUUUCUGUGGUUAUUGAACAGAUUUACAUCGUGGCACAUUGAAAAGAAGGUCCUGCUUUCCCACAGUAAAGAAAAGUAUAUUAUGGCAUUGUCUUUUUAUGCACUACUGUGAAAAUGCUGGUAAUUAACUUUACUGUAAGUUUUUUUUUUUGUGACCAUGAGAUAGAGGUACCUGGGAGGCCACCUGAAAGAAAUAAAGUUUUGUAAAAUGAA